UCGUAGAGCAAGUCCAACACACUGUAGAGUAAAUAAUUAAUCAUCCAGCUCUUCAUCUCCUGCAACAGAAAUGGGAUUUGGUGAAUCAGAGGAGCAACUUCUGUCCAAGGUGGCUACUAAUGGCGGUCAUGGUGAGAAUUCGUCUUACUUUGACGGGUGGAAGGCUUAUGAUAGAGACCCAUAUCAUCCGAUUCAGAACCCUGAGGGGGUAAUCCAAAUGGGUUUGGCUGAGAACCUGCUAUGCCAUGAUUUGAUAGAAGAGUGGAUAAGGAAGAACCCGGCGGCCUCCAUUUGCACAGAGGAAGGUGUUUCUCAGUUCAGUGCCGUAGCUAACUUUCAGGACUAUCAUGGCCUUCCAAUCUUCAGACAAGGAGUCGCCAAGUUCAUGGAGAAGGGGAGAGGAGGGAGAGUGAGAUUCGACCCGGAGCGAAUAGUAAUGAGCGGAGGAGCCACCGGAGCUCAAGAAACGCUGGCUUUUUGUCUUGCAGACCCCGGCGAUGCCUUCCUCAUUCCGGUUCCAUAUUAUCCAGCAUUCGACCGCGACUUCUGCUGGAGAACACGCGCACGUCUCCUCCCCAUUCACUGCGACAGCUCCAACAAUUUCAACAUCACGACGUCCGCCCUCGAAGCAGCCUACCACCAAGCCCAAAAAUCAAACAUUAGAGUCAAAGGCAUUCUCAUAUCCAACCCCUCCAAUCCCCUCGGCACCACAAUGAGCAAACAAACCCUUCAAAUCCUCCUCCGCUUCGUCAACGAGAAACGCAUCCAUCUCAUCUGCGACGAGAUCUUCAGCGGCACGGUUUUCAAGUCCCCACGCUUCGUCAGUCUCUCCGAGAUCGUUGAAGCGGACCCCACCAUUGACCGCGAUCUAAUCCACGUGGUCUACAGCCUGUCCAAAGACCUCGGUCUCCCCGGCUUCCGCGUCGGCGUUAUUUACUCGUACAACAACGCCGUCGUGGCUUGCGCGCGCAAAAUGUCGAGUUUUGGGUUGGUGUCGUCGCAGACGCAGUAUUUGCUCGGCUGCAUGCUGGGAGAUGAGGAGUUCACGAGUGAGUACUUGGUUGAGAACGCGAGGAGGCUUGCGGAGAGGCAUGGGGUGUUCACGGCGGGGCUUGCGAGGGUUGGGAUAAGGUGUUUGGAAGGGAAUGGGGGUUUGUUCUGUUGGAUGGAUUUGCGGGCGCUGCUUAAAGAGGAGACUGUGGAAGGAGAGCUGGAGUUGUGGAGGGUUAUUGUGAAUGAGGUGAAGCUGAAUGUGUCGCCGGGUUCUUCAUUUCAUUGUGCGGAACCGGGAUGGUUUAGGGUUUGCUUUGCGAAUAUGGAUGAAGAGACGACGGAGAGGGCGCUGAGGAGGAUAAGGGUGUUUGUGAAUGGGGAGGGUGAGGAGGUGAAGAUGAUGAAGACGAAGAAGAAGAAGAAGAAUGGGUGGGAUGAAGAGUUGAGACUGAGCUUGCCGAGGAGGUUUGAGGAGGAUUUGGUUUUGACUCCAAGGCUUAUGUCGCCGCACUCGCCGCUUGUGCGCGCCACCAUUUGAGCUCGAGGAAUGGCUUUU